AUGAAAAGCAAAAAGAAAACAGAAAUUAGAAACCUUGCUGUCCAUUUCAGGGAAAAAAAACAUCUGGUUGUAUUUUCGCGGAGAGUUGCUCAUCGGGCACUGCUGCUUCUUAUUUACUGGGCCUCUCUGCUAAAUUCUGCCGUUUAGCUACCUUCUCAUUUUAUUUUCCUUUCCUUUGUCUAUUGAGCGCAGAAAGCAUUGCUAAUUGUUAUUCGAAUCGUGAAAAAAUCGAUCUUUAACAUAAUCCUGGCAGGAAAAUAACGGAAAAAGCUUUGAAUUUCGACUUGCACUUGCAGAGUCCGGUUUCUCUUGCAGGGAUACAACAAGUACAAAGAAUAUAGCUUUGUAUAUAAAUGCUCCAACAGCUGCCUGCACUAUCUUCUACUUCAUGGAAUCCAUCUCUGAAUGGUCAUUACUUGGGUACCAUGGAGUUCAAAAGGCCUAUAAUGUCACCUUUAAGUUCAGAAACACUUGCGUUGAAGUUGCAGUUUGGGCUUCACAAACUUCAGAAAGGUGUACCGAUAAUUUCCAGGACUAUCUUCUAUGCUAGCCAGAGACCCCAUCACAAUCGAAGUGCUAAGGAACAAGAAUUAUAUCCCCAGAAUGUGGAUCUUCCACCCAUAUUACCAAAAAAAAAAAAGAAGCCCUAUCCAAUUCCUUUCAAGUUGAUCAAGAAGGCUGCAAGGGAGGACAAAAAACUUGCAGAAAUGGGUAUUGAGAAGCCCCUUGAACCUCCAAAAAAUGGAUUACUUGUCCCUGGUCUGAUUCCUGUUGCAUAUGAGGUACUGGAUGCAUGGAAAAUUUUGAUAAAAGGAGUUGCCGAGCUCUUGCAUCUUGUUCCCGUAUUUGCUUGCAGUGCUUGCUCAGAAGUUCAUGUUGGCGAUACAGGGCACCAAAUUCAGAACUGCCUCGGUCCAACUAAUGAUAACCGCCACAGCCACCACUCAUGGAUCAGGGGUUCCAUCAAUGAUGUACUUGUUCCCAUUGAAUCGUAUCAUCUCUAUGACCCUUUUGGUCGGCGAAUCAAGCAUGAAACUCGGUUUGACUAUGACAGGAUUCCAGCUGUUGUUGAACUUUGCAUUCAAGCUGGUGUGGACAUACCAGAGUAUCCUUCUCGCCGAAGAAAGAAUCCAAUCAGAAUGAUCGGAAAGAAAGUGAUAGACAGAGGUGGAUAUGUUGAGGAGCCAAGGCCAUGGCGUUUUGGAAAUCCUUCUACUUCCAUUGAUUUUGAUACAUAUAGGGCCUCGGAGCGAUUUUCACCUCCUCCAUUAGAAGAUUUACCAAGGAUAGCACAGGAGACCAUUGAUGCGUAUGAAAAAGUUAGAUGGGGUGUGAGGAAAUUAAUGAGGAAAUACACAGUGAAGGCAUGUGGAUAUUGCCCAGAGGUUCACGUGGGACCUUGGGGUCACAAUGUUAAGCUUUGUGGGGAACACAAGCACCAGUGGAGAGAUGGAAAACACGGUUGGCAGGACGCUACUGUAGAGGAAGUUUUCCCACCUAAUUAUGUGUGGCAUGUUAGAGAUCCUAAAGGGCCUCCCUUGAAGAGUGCACUCAAAAAGUUUUAUGGGAAGGCUCCUGCUGUAGUUGAAAUGUGCAUGCAAGUAGGCGCACAAAUCCCUGAAAAGUACAAGCCUAUGAUGAGGCUUGACAUUAUGAUACCUGAAACUGAUGAAGCAAACUUAGUCGCUUGAUAGGAUAGGUGUAUACGGAAAAUGCUAUACCUUUGUGCACAACCAUAAGAUGUUCGCAGACAAUUUUCAAGACAUGCUUGUAUAUGACAGUGAUGGGAAAUAUAAUUAAGGUUUUACAAGUUUUAUUACCCAGGGAGACAGCAGUUCUCUAUUUCUAUGGAAAUUGUCUGGCCUAGAUAUGGUUCAGGUGAUACAUACUAUGGCCUACAACAAGAUAUAGUAGGGAUGUUUAGGCAAUGCAGAAGUAAUCUGUUGGUAUAUGCUAUUGUUCUACUUUGCUCUGUUAUAAUAAUCUAACUUUUCAAGCAUUCAGCUGUGAUGCUGUCCCCUGAAGCACAAACCAUACUUCAACUGCUUGGAAAUUUUACUGUGACUCCCACUAAACCAUGGGAAGCAAAACAAGGUUGCUGCUUCCAGCAUUACUGAUCAACCCUGUCCAAGUGAUAUCUAUCCGUAAUCUCUCUACAUUUGAUAUUAUGUUCCUGAAAAAUUGACUUGUAUCAAGUUUAUACUUUCUUUUCUAUGUUUUCUCAGAAGCAAAGAAACCUAAUAAUUAUUUUAAGUUGUUUUUUGGGUAA